UUUUAAAUAUAUUCUUCCACUUCUAUUCUAUUGUCUUCUCUUCCUUCUUCUCACUCUUCACCAAACCAAAAAAACUUCCCUUUCAUAAUAAAGAAAUACUUAAUGAUUUGAUCUUAAGAUCAAGAUAUGUCCAACAAAGGAAAAGACAUAGUAGAUGGAUCAUCAUCAAGAUCUUCUACUUCAACAAUAGGUGAUGGUAACGGUGGAGGCGAUCAUCAACAACAUCAACAACAACAGAUUCCACUCAGUCGUUACGAGUCACAAAAACGAAGAGAUUGGAACACUUUCGGACAAUAUUUAAGAAACCAAAGGCCAUCGGUCGCACUUUCUCAAUGUAAUUCAAAUCAUGUUCUUGAGUUUCUUAGGUAUUUGGAUCAAUUUGGGAAAACUAAAGUGCACUUACAAGGAUGUUUGUUUUUCGGACAAACCGAACCGCCGGGACCUUGUACUUGUCCUCUAAAACAAGCUUGGGGAAGUCUUGAUGCACUUAUUGGAAGAUUAAGAGCUGCUUAUGAAGAAAAUGGUGGAUUACCUGAGACUAAUCCAUUUGCUAGUGGUUCCAUAAGAAUCUAUCUUCGUGAAGUGAGAGACUCUCAAGCUAAGGCAAGAGGAAUUCCUUACAAGAAGAAAAAGAAGAAGAGGAUUCCAAUCAAACAUAACGGUGAUACCUCAAAUUUGCCUAUGCAGUGAAAUUUAUCAUUACCAUAUAUGGCCUUGGAUAACUACUUGAGCAAAAGUCAUGGAAUGCUGGUUAUUCUUGGGUAAAGUUUAAACCCUUUUCAUAUGAUCUUUAUAUGAGUAAAGGGGUGUAUUUUUGUUAUUUUCCAAUGAGAAUUUUAUAUUGAAGUUGAGGAAGAAUUUGAGUUUACAAUAUUGGUAAGGCCAUGUACUGUAUUCACCCUUAUUAUGAAGUAAUAUUGUUUAAUUUAA